AUGCUGAGAUGCUGCAUAGUGCAUUGUGGCGUUCGGGACCGUGCAUCUCCCAGACAGAAGAGCUUCUUGCUGACCUCUCAGUGGUACUCAGAGAUAGCGAUCCAGAUGGACAGAGCAACCAAGCGUAUAGAGCCAUGGAAGAUAGCAAUCAUCGUUGUGUCAGUGAUAGUAGGCUUAGCCCUCAUCAUUGGCUUGAUUACGUUUCUUUUGUGCCAUGAUCAGGACCGAUACUACAAUGCAUCUUUCCUAAUCACCAAUGUCAAGUAUGACCCUCAGUAUGAAAGGCAAACCACAGAAGAGUUCAGGCACCUGAGCCAAGAGAUUGAAACCAUGAUAUCUGAAGUAUUCAAGGGGUCCUUUCUAAGUAAAAGAUACAUCAGGUCCCAUGUUGUCAGUCUAAGCCCAGAUCCUGGUGGAGUGCUUGCAUCUGUUGUUCUGGUAUUUAAAUUUGCCUCAGCUGACAGUAAGGCAACGAGCUGGGGUCACAUCAACCGUGUGUUACACAGAAGGCUGAAAACAAGCUCCACGUUCUUAAACGUUGACCAGUCAACCCUUAGACUCAUAGAGUUGAAUAAAGAAAAGGGAGAUAACCUUUUAAACAACUGCUGUGGAAUACGAAGACAGACAUUCUCCUUCACAGGAGUGGAGAGAAUAAUUGGCGGGCAGCGUGCGCAGGAUGGGGAAUGGCCGUGGCAGGCUAGUAUUCAGCUUGAUGGGACGCAUCGCUGUGGUGCGUCAGUGAUCAGUAAUACGUGGCUAGUAACUGCAGCCCACUGCUUUAGAGGAGGAAAAGAUCCUCGGAGGUGGACUGCCAGCUUUGGAAUUCUGUUGAGACCUCCAAAACAGAAAAAAUUCAUCCGAAGAAUUAUCAUUCAUGAAAAAUACAGUGACUUCGUCCUUGAUCAUCAAUAUGAUGUGGCUGUUGUGGAACUUGCCUCUGCUAUUGAGUUCACGAGUGAUGUGCACAGUGUCUGUCUUCCUGAAGCAUCUACCAUUUUCCCAGAGAACGCUUCUUGUUUUGUCACAGGUUGGGGAGCUUUGGAGAAUGAUGGUUAUAGUGUUAAUCAGCUUCGGCAAGCAGAAGUGAAAAUUAUAAGUACUGCAACUUGUAAUAGAAGACAAGUGUACGGUGGAGCAAUAACACCUGGAAUGUUGUGUGCUGGAUACUUGGAGGGGAAGGUGGAUGCCUGCCAGGGUGACUCUGGUGGGCCACUGGUGCAUGCAAACUCCAGAGGAAUCUGGUAUCUUGUGGGAAUAGUGAGCUGGGGAGAUGAAUGUGGCAAGCCAAAUAAACCAGGAGUGUACGUGCGAGUGACUUACUAUCGAAACUGGAUCAACUCCAAAACGGGCAUCUGAAACCUGCAGCAGGUUAAGUUUUGUGGGCUGUGUACGGCUAUUCCUCUGACACAUUCUGCUCUGUGGUAAUGCUCUAAACAGCUGCUGGCAUAGCUUGUGGUCAUGUAUCAAGUGCCAGCAAGCUCAGAGUAGGACUUGAAAUUGGUUUGGCCUACAACCAAACAGGAAUGGACUUGAUCCAUGUGACAGCUGUUUGUUCAGGAAGUACUCUGUCAAAGGGACAACUGCCUUGGUCUAUAUGCAAUAUUCUGACUCUUUUUUCUCUGUGGCCAAAUGUCUUGGCCCCUACUUUUAUACUCAGGCAAAGCGUUUGAGCCCAAACAAUCAUUUACCAGCAUCAAAGACAAGUUAUAACCAAAAUAUGGCCCACCCAUUUGCUGUGUGCUCCCAAGGCCCCAUCUAUCUGCAGACCAGCUACAAUCCAGCCUCUGACUCCAAGGCUGCUGCACAUCUGAAUUCUUCUUGAGCUUUUUCCUGCAUUGUUCCAGGAAGCGUACUCUAAUGAAGAACAGAAGAUGGCUUAGGGAAGUCCUGGUUCCUAAUACCAUGUCAGGCUGUUACUUGGAUGAAUAGAGAAUUUUUCCUUGCUGUGUUGUCCUGAAAAAGCAAUCGGUGGAAAUCACAAGCUUCUGUCAACCUCCUUUGAACAAGUGUUUGUACCGCCACUCAUCGCUUCAUAUGAACAGGCCCUGCCUUGAGAGUGAUUGCUGGACUUAAGACCAAAAACCACUUUACGUUCAUACCAGUCUGUUGUCAUAUCAGAGUAUUUGAAUUAAUUUCCAUUUUUAACUUUCCGGAUUGUAUUGUUCUGAAUAAAAGUCUCUUGGCUUUUUGUGCAGGAUGGAGGAUUGUAACAAUCUCAGUAUGCCCAUUGUCAAAAAAACCCCUCUCAAACUGCUUAUUCUUGUGAAUGGUCUUCUCGGGUCUUUAUAAUUUGUGUAUCUUCAGCUGCAUCCUAAAAAAAAAAAAAAAAGCUUUUGUGGUAAGGUGGAAAUACCUGUCUCAUUCAGAGCAGGGCAGAACUUCUGACUGACCCAGUAAACUUAUGUAAAGAUCUCUCUCUUCUGUCAGGAAGUAAGAAUUGCCUGUGUCUCAUUGCCAGAUCAUAGCUAACUCAUUAGAUCUCAACCACACAAACUUCAUAUUCUCUCUGAGUUCAUGUUUUCAGGAGCCCAUGUUUCUGUCUGCCAGGUAGAUCUCAAACACUUUCUACACCCCAGCAGCAGCAAACGCCUAUUCCUGGUGAGGAAGCUUUCCUUGGUGUGUCUGCAGACUCUUUCCAACACUUUAUGUGGAUUCUGAUCCUGACAACAGCAAGUGCUGUGGUCUUAGUUGCUAGAUAUUGAGCCACUCAAAUGAUCUAUUUUCCCUCUAUGGUCUGAAGAGAAAGAACUCAGUGAAGGAGAUACCAGCCACGCUGCCAAGACUUGGAGCUGGUCCAACGUGACAAGCAAGCAAGAAUCUUAUGCCAGGCUAGAAAAGGCAAACAGCAGGCUUUCAGUAUGCUCAUAGUUAGAUCUGGGGGAAACAGGCCCUCAGUGAUUACAGUCUUAGGAUCAAAGUGUUGUCCAAAUUGAGUCUAAGUCAGUUGACACAGUCAAUGGCAGUUCAGGGGAUCCCCUCUGGACUAUGCAGCUUGCUGCAAAUGCUGCCAACCAGAGCAGCAAUCCAUCGAGUUAACAGAAGUAUUUUGAUUAUGCAUCCUGUGAUCUGGCUGUCUGACAGUACCGAGAACCAUCCUUUCCUAGAGCCUCACUGGAGGUACUGGAAUACUGGAUGCUCAGAGAAGGUCUGCGUGAAAGACAAGGGUCUGCAGCUGUUGUGUGUUCCGUACUUGUGUAUAUCAGGAAAACUGGCACUCAAUUUUUUUUUCCUCAGGGAACUUUUCUUGUGGAAUGUUGUGAGCUU